CAAAGUGGAAUAAACAAAAAUGCGAGUUCAAUUUGGGAUAAAACAAUUAACCAUGCUGAUUUGCCGUUGAUUAAAGAUCAAAGCCUCUCGAGAUAACACCCUAGGAUCGGGCCAAGAUGGAUCGCUUCGCUUUCAAGAUCGACGCGGCCCUCAAGGCGAAUCUCUGCAAGAUUUGUCGGCUGUGCGGCAUUGACAAUCCAGAAAAAGUGCACAUACUGCUGCCAAAUGAAGGCGAAUCCAUCGACCUGGACGAGCCCAGUAUGUCGCAGAAGAUCUACGAACUGGUGGGCUUUACGGUCUCCAUGGAUGACAAAAUGCCGCAGACAAUGUGCAGCCAGUGCGUGGAUAAAAUCAAUGAUUUUUACGAGUUUAGGGAGAUGUGCUAUGCGACCAACAAGCAAACGAGAAAUCUGCUGGGACUGAAGCAAAUAGAGCCUACCAAGCUCAUUGAUCUCAGGCCCAUUGUAAAGGAGGAACCGCAGCUGCCAGGCAAACGGGGCAGAAAACGCAAGGGCGAGGACUCCACCUGGCCAAGGAGCAACCUGGGUGUGAAGCCGCCUGUGAAAAAGGAGCCUUUUGUGUGGCACAAGAAGCAGAAACUGCAGACUGCCCACAUAGAACCCAAAACAGAGCCUGAAAUCAAAGAAGAGCCCGCUGAACCGGGACCCUGGAAAAAGGGCGGUCGCAAGUCCAUUUGUAGCGUUUGUGGCGAAAAGUUCCCCAGCAAGGAGCUGGCCGAGGAGCACAAGAGUCUGGUGCAUGUGCCAUCGAUACCGCGCUACAUGUGCAACGCCUGCAAUCAGACGCAUCACAACCAGAGCGACAUACGCGCCCACCAGCUGUGGCACAAGCUCUCCAAGACCCCGUACAAGUGUCCGCUCUGCGACACCAGCGUGGCGAAUGCCUACGCCUUUGCGCGCCACAUGCGCGAACACACGCCGCCCACGCCCGUCCAGCUGCUCGUCCUGGAUCGCGAGUGCCCGCUGUGCAAGAAGACCUUCGUCACGAACUUCCUGUUCAACACCCACCGCUGUGCCAUCCGCAAACGCAGGUGCGGCGGCUGCAGUCGCGCUUUGAAUACGGACACGGCCUACAUGCGACAUGCGCCCUUCUGCUCGAAGAUUUACCUCGGCCACUCGCGGCACGUAAUGCCCGAAAUGCUGGUGACCAACGAGGCCAAUGAGGAGGAGCUGUUGGGCCUGCCGCCGGCCGUCGCUGUGCCGCCGGAUUUCGUGAUAGACGAGGCCAUGCUGCCCGUCGUCGUCCUGGAGCGGCUCUCCUCCCCGCUGCUGCGUGCUUCGGGUGCCUCGAAGAGCAGAAAUAACAGAAAGAGCUACUUGAAGCGGGUGGAUCAGCUGCUCAAGAACACAAUGAGCACAUUGGUCAGCAUCAAGCAUGAACCAGAGGUGCAUAUCAAUGAUACGGGACCAGCGGAGAGUGACCCCGAAGAACCACCUGCUUUUGGCGAUGAUUUCCAGGCGGCCAACGAUGACAGCGAGGAUGAAGCGCAGCCGGACGAUGUGCCCAGUGUAUCGGUGAAGCAGGAGCCCCAGGACGAUGCCUACGACAAGCAAAUGGCGAUGAAGCAGGAGCCAUUGAAACUUAAGCUGAAGAUAACAAAGAAUCACGGCAAGCUGAACUCUUCGCUCAUCGAUGAGCUGGAUGAGGCAGGCCAGGCAUCUAACAGGAGCAGCAAAAAGAAAAAGAAGCGAAAGCACAAGGAAAGGGAGAAGGAGGCGGAAUCUCAGGAAGAACCCGCGGUUAGAAUCAAACAGGAACCCGUUGACUAUGCUCCCGAGGCCACUGUCAUGACCACCAUUCCGAUGGCCCAGUUGGAGCAGAGCAACUUUAAUGACAAUGAAAAGGAGGCGCAGCCGCAGGAAGAUGUUAAGCCAAAUCGCCUGGAGCUCGAUCGUAUGAUGCAGAUCUCGCAUGUGGCCAGUGGCGUGGAUAUGGCUGAAGAAGCUAUGCCUCUGGAGAAAGCCGAAGAAGCCACUCCCGAUGAGCAGCCAAAGGCGAAGCCCGUUAAAUCCACCGCACGCAAGAGUACUGGCGGUGCUCAACGCAAGACGCACGCUCCUCUGCCGCAGAUCGUGGCCGUGGUGAGUGGCGAGUCGGCAGUCAAGAUGAUGCCGAAUGUUUCCAUCAAGCCGGAGCCACGAAAUCGCGGCUAUGGCGACGAGGAAGAAGAGAUUAAUCACAAUGACAAGAUGGAGGAGGAAGAGCAUGCCUACAUAGAUGGCUUAGAUCUAAGCAACUUGACCGUAAAGCAGGAGAAGGACUUGGAUAUUUCCGAGUCAGAGGCCGUGCACUGUAAUGGAUUGGAAAAGGGCGAUGAUGAUGGAAAUGACAGUGGAUCAUCGGCCGACGAAGCAGAGGAAGCCACGGAGGAGGACGAGGAGCAACGCAUCUAUCGUGAAAUCGAGCUGCCGCCAUUAGAAACUCAAAGAGUGGCGGAGGAAGCAUCAAAUAAGUUACCAGUGGAGCCAGAGAAAAUGGUAUCAGAUGCUGUGCCAGCCGAAGAGACUCCUCCACAAACUCCGAAAGAAGUACCGGCUUUCAGUAUGGUCAUUACCAGUAUCUGCAGUCAAGCCGUAGCGGAAAUUACUGAAGCUCAAGCAGAAGAGCCUCAAUCCCCGACAGAGGAGAUUCCAUCGCCUUCUGCAAAGGACAUUCAAUCUUCUUUGGAAGUUACAUCCGCCAACCGUGCCGAAAUAUCUCAGGAAAAUCCUUGUUCUACCCUUGAAAAUCCUGGAAAAGAGUCAGACGAAGAGAUUGCUGCUAACCUUCCGCCCACUGCUGUAGAGAACCAAUCUUCGGUGAAUGAGGCCUCCGUUUUCGAAGACGAAAGCCAAUCUCUGGCAGAUUAUGGAUCUGAAAAUCCACCGACAGUAGCAGAUCAAUCGCAAGAAGAGGUCUCUAAUCUUAAAGACGCAUCGGGUGCUCCAGUUGAGAAUCAAUACCAGGAACUUCCUGCUAAGAUUCUCGAAAAUCCCCCCGUAACUUUAGAUGAGAAUGAAUCCCUGCCAAGUGGAAGUUCAGCUACGCUUAACCUUGGAAUUGAAAUGCCUGAAAACCUCUCCCUUUUCCCAUCCAAUCCAACACACUCGCCCAAUGAACCCUCUGAAUCUCUGGAGAAAGCAGCCAACGAACACGAAUCGCCAGCAGAAAAUGCAGACUCUGUAGCAACCGUUUCCCUUACCGCUCCCAAAGACAAUGAAGCACAGGCUUUGCCGAUUUGCAAUGCAGCUAAUGUAGAAAGUAAUUACAUGUGCGAUGAGGAGCAGCAGAAUGUGCUUAACCAUACGCUCUCGGAGCAGCAACAGGCUGCCGUGGAAGAUGAGCAGCAGCUAUUAGUUCAAGAGGAGCAGCCGGCUUUGCUGGAGGUCAUGGCACCUGGACCCUCGACCAGGCCAAUCGAGGAGACUGAGAACCGCAUCAAUGAGCAGCAGCAGGACCUCGACCAGGAGGAGCAACGGCCGCCUCGCUGCCAGGCCAACGAUGAUUCCAAUAUCAACGAGAUCGCCGAGAACAAUAACAAUGCCAACAUUGAGCGCGAACUGCAAGAUGAUGCGCUCGGGGCUCAGGAAAACGUAAAUCCAUAGACUAAGAUAUACAAUGCAUGUUUUCCUCCAGUUCAGUUAAAAACUGUAAAUAUCUGUGGACUGGAAAAUCAUGCUUUGAAUAGAAUCGGAUACCAUGAGUUGCGAAUAAACUUUGUACGGAUAGCUUUAGUUUUAAGUUAGAUAUACACAACUUUAUUACAUAAAUUAAUGGCUUAUAUAUUAGCAUAAGUAAGUAUUAUGUAUUUAAAUACAUAAAUCGCACAAAAACU